AUGUGUACUGUUUCUUACUUCUAUGAAGUUUGAGUGUAUGCUGCUUGUGAGUUAAUAUUUUGUCAUGUCUUUGACUUUGUGGAGAUUAUCAUGUAACAAGGGCCUUGGGAGGUCAGUUCUUCACAAGACUUUAAGCUCAAUAACAGGACAGGCAUUUUAUAGCACCGCGUCUAAACAAACAAGACCAAACGCUUGCUCAGCUGCAGGUGGGAUGGUGGUUACUGAGAGGAGGGGUACAGUGAUGCUUAUUGGCAUUAACAGGCCUGAAGUGCGUAAUGCAGUAAAUCAUGAGACAGCACACAGACUGCUAGUGGAGCUGUCAGCCUUUGACCAGGACAACAAUAUUAACGUGGCAGUGCUUCAUGGAGUUGGAGGGAACUUCUGUGCUGGUUAUGAUCUGAAGGAGUUGGCACAUGGCUCUGGAGCCCUCAAACUGGAGCAAGAUGUCUGCCGUGGUCCUGGCCCCAUGGGUCCAUCUCGUCUGAAGCUGUCUAAACCAUUGAUUGCAGCGGUAAGCGGGUAUGCCGUAGCUGGGGGUCUGGAGUUGGCUUUACUGGCUGACCUCAGGGUGGUCGAGGAGAGCUCUGUCAUGGGGGUCUUUUGUCGCAGAUUCGGUGUUCCAUUGAUCGACGGGGGUACUGUGAGGUUACCACAGUUAAUUGGUCUAUCCCAUGCUAUGGAUCUCAUCCUUACCGGCAGACCGGUGAGAGCACAAGAGGCUCUAACGUUUGGACUGGCGAACAGAGUGGUGCCCGAUGGCCAAGCACUCCAAGUGGCACUUGAACUUGCCGAACAGAUCAGCUCAUUUCCACAGCUUUGUCUUCGUGCCGACCGUAACUCUGCCUAUCAUGCCGUCUUUGAUGCCGCCUCAUUCACACAGGCCAUGCAGUAUGAGAUGGAUCAUGGCUUUCCAGUCAUUCAAGCUGAAUCAAUUGCUGGAGCAACUAAAUUCAGUUCAGGCACUGGGAGAGGGGGAACAUUCUCCAAAUUGUAAAAAAUAUCAAACUAUAUAUUGAUGUGUAAAAAUUGAGUGUAUUUUUAUAUAAGCAGAUAGACUGGAACAAAAAAAGAUCACACGCAAUACUAGUAAAACUACAUGUUACACUACAUGUUCUUCUGGAAUUUGUCCAAAUUUUCUGCAAAAGAACCCUUUUGGCCCGACGUCACGAUUACGUCACAGCAUUAGCUGGAGGCAAAAAAAGGGGUCAUGCUACAUAAUGAAUUAAAAAAAUCAUCUUGCUUUGUUGUUGAGUACCAGAAUCGAUAGAUUACUGUCUAUAAUUUAACACAUACCUGCUGUAAUUGCCAGAAAAAAACUACAACAGUUGUAGUUAACACAAUAAAACUAGCUGAUGCUGAUCCUUCAUA